AUGGCAUGUAACGUAUAUGCGAAAGGGACCAAAUCAUAUAGUGAAGAGUAUGCAGGCCAGGCUUUACCAAAACAGAGACAAUGCAAAAGCUGGGAUCCACCAACUACAACUAUUCCUACCACUGCCCUUACAACCACUACCGUAUCUACAACCACUGAUACACAAACUAGAGAAACAGAAGCGGUUUCGACGGAAGCACAAACUACAGAAACAGAAGGAGUAUCCACCAAAGCACAGAGUACAGAAGUACAAACAACAGAAGCACAAACUACAGAAGCACAAACUACAAGAGCACAAACUACAGAAGUACAAACAACAGAAGCACAAACUACAGAAGCCCAAACAACAGAAGUACAAACUACAAGUGCACAAACUACAGAAACAGAAGGAGUAUCCACCAAAGCACAGAGUACAAAAGUACAAACAACAGAAGCACAAACUACAGAAGCACAAACUACAAGAGCACAAACUACAGAAGUACAAACAACAGAAGCACAAACUACAGAAGCACAAACAACAGAAGUACAAACUACAAGUGCACAAACUACAGAAGCACAAACAACAAAAGUAGAUACAACCUCAAAUUCAUCAGAAGCACCAACACCAACAUUAGCAGAACAAAAGACAACAGCCCAGCCAGACACAACGACAACGCUAGAAAGAGGAACAACUGGACCAACAACAACAGACGUUGAAAUAUCAGAACAACAGAAGACAACAACUGAUUCAUUAAAUCAUGCAGAAGAAGCAAAUUCAGCAACGAAUCAACAAAUAUCCAGUGACAUAUCAACACAAGGUCAGCAAUCCCUAACAAAUGUUACUUUAUUGAAUGGGACAAACACCUGUAUCUGUGAUUCAUGUGUCAGUCGUAAUUUCUCGCUGAUUGACGAACAUGUUCAAGAACUUCUAGCAGAACUAACAGUAGAUGCAACGAUUCUAUCGUCAACUCGAAGAAAAAAAGAAAGUGAACCAGAUAAUCGUACUUCAGCUAAAAGUAUAGGUUACAUAGGAAUAUUUUUAUUUGUUAGUUUAUUUGGUACAAUAUUUAUUGCAGAUAUAGGGAAAAUAUAUAAUGACUUCAAGAGUUUCCAUUAAAGUAAUGGACACAAAAUAUA